CUGGGAUUAGGACAUUUUGUUGAGGAUUUUGGCAACACCCCGAUAGUUGCAUGCUUAAGGAGUCAACUUCAUGGCCUGAACAUUAAUCAACUCUGAAGUUUGGUGGAUGUUUUCAGUUUGCAGGUAUUUAAACUAUUUCAAUUUUUUUCUGCAAGCUGAAAGAUGUUCCAGUUCAUCCGGAAAAAGAUUCACAAUAAAAUUGUUAAGCGUAAAAUUAGGAGAACCCGUCUUGUUACCAAGGAUGGUCACUGCAACAUUAAAUUUGGGACCAGUGAAUAUCAAAACCAUUUUGCUUUCAUCAUGGACUUCUGGACUACAUUUGUUGAAAUUCACUGGUGUUUUUUAAUUGUUUUAUUUUUUGCUGCCUUCACUGGAAGCUGGUUUAUUUUUGGGUUACUCUGGUAUUCACUUGCGAAAAGUAACGGAGACUUAGAUAGACUCCAGAAUACAUCAGAAUCCCCCCAUUUGAAGUGUAUAGAGAACAUUAACAGUCUCACUACAGCCUUCUUGUACUCUUUAGAGACCCAAACAACUAUCGGCUAUGGCAGUCGGGCUCUAACGGGUCACUGCCCGGGCACGGUCGCUCUGUUGAUCAUCCAGUCCCUCAUGGGCGCCAUAAUAAACUGCUUUAUGUGUGGACUCAUUCUGGCAAAGAUCUCGCUCCCAAAGAGGAGAGCAAAAACAGUCACUUUCAGCAAAACAGCAGUCAUCUCUAUGUGGAAAGGAAAUCUAUGCCUGCAGAUCCGAGUGGCCAAUUUACGAAAAACCCUUCUAAUUGGAAGCCAGAUUUAUGGAAAGCUCCUUCGCACUACCAUCACUCCAGAGGGGCAGACAAUCAUCCUGGACCAGGUGAAUAUUGACUUUUUGGUCGACGCUGGUAAGGACAACCUCUUCUUUGUUUGUCCACUCACAUUGUACCACGUAAUCGACAAGUCCAGCCCAUUUACAGAGAUGGACGCAGACACUCUUCAACAGCAGGACUUUGAGUUGGUAGUCUUCUUGGAUGGUACGGCCGAAUCCACCAGCUUGUCCUGCCAAGUCCGGACCUCCUUCCUUCCCUGGGAGAUUCAGUGGGGUUACAAUUUCUUGCCCUUCAUAUCUCGCACCAAGGGAGGAAAAUACCGCGUCAACCUGUCCAACUUCUCCAAAACAGAGCCAGUGGUCACGCCACACUGUGCGUGCUGUUUCCAGAAUGAACAUAACAAGGAACUCAUUCUCCACCGUCAUGGACAUGAAGGCGCUGAUAAUCUGGGAUUUGACAUUAUUGAUCUUCAAGAUUCCUUAGAUGUAAAUGAGAUGGGUGACUGAGGGGCCGUUCAUACUGGAAACGUUCUUGCAUUGCCUUACGCUAUUUUUAAAUAUUUUGUAUCUGUGAACAUGUUUUACAGACAUCUCAGACGUGUAUAGUUUUCUCAGCAUCUGACGUCAUGAGCUGCACAUUUUUAAGAUGCUGUAUCAAGCUAAAAAUAUUUUGUGUUUUGUUCUAAUGUGUUAGCUCUAACAAUAAUCGUGAGUUCACGGCAAAUUUGACGCAAACUUGCCACAAAUUCGCCACUGAUCAUUUUUUCGUACAAAUGAGCUGUGUGUCAAACUUGCUGCAAACUGUCCAUUGUUGCCAAAAGUUUGCUGCAGCUCAUCACUGGUAGUGGUGAAACUUUAGCAAACCUUCUGGCAAACAUUUGUGGUGAAUCACAAGCUAAUUUACAUGUGAAAAUAAUGAGAGGCAGAUUUGCGGCUAGUUUGCCAGAACUCUAGAUUUUUUGUAAGGGGCACUAUGUGGUUUCUUUUAACACAAAAUGUGUCCUAAGGCUUGAGAGUUUUCUUCUGUAGUGACUACAAAAAGGAAAAGUCUAUAAAGUAAACAUCCUAUGAUAAAGUGUCACGGAUCUAUGAAAGUUAGAAACCAGAAGGUUAGUGGUUCUCACUCUCAAUGGGGCGUGUGGUAAGUUGUGCGUGGAUUGCGGAGAAUAGCAUGAGCCUCCACAUGCUGUGAGUCUCUGCGGUGUCAUGCACAGCGAGCCAUGUGAUAAGAUGCACGCAUUGACUGCCUCAGAAGCAGAGGCAACUGAGACUUGUCCUCUGCCACCCAGAUUGAGGUGAGUCCACCACAAGGACCUAGUAAGUUAUGGGAAUUGGGCAUUCCAAAUUGGGGAGAAAAGGGGAUAUAAUAAUAAUAAUAAUAAUAAUAAUAAUAAUAAUAAUAAUAAAGAAACCACAUUAGGGCAGAGAGAAAAAGGAAAACCUAACAGAGUGGUUAUCCCUUAUGAAAAUAAACCAUAGUUUUACUACAGUAACCAUGAUUUAACCAUGUUAUUUGUAGUAAAAAAAAGAAAAGAAAAAAAAGUCAUGGUUACUACAAAAUUACAAUAGUAAAACCAUAGUUACUAUAUGGAUCCUACAGUAUUACUGUAGUAAAACCAUGGAUAAUUGUAUCAAAACCAUGGUUUCUACCAAGAAAACAUGGUAACUCAUGGUUACUAUGAUAGGUAUUGCUUUCAUAAAAACAUUGUUAAUUGUCUGCCAUAAAAAUGACAUUGGAUCUGCUCUAAAAUCUAGUGAGCUGCCUAUAUUUAGGCAGCAUUGUAAGGCUUCAUAGGGUCUUUUGAGGCUGUUCCUUGUUUUGGUAAAAUACCUUAUUUUUUCAAAAUUUUAAAGCAGUAUCGCAUUUAUCCUUUACGGAGAAUGCAAUCAUAUAAAGCAUUGUGAGUGAUCUCGGUGAAAAUUCCAUCCACGAUGGCAUUCAUUCAAUACCAAAAAUAUUGAUAAAAAUAGUUCAAUCUAAUUAAAAUGGACUAUUUUACACAGUAUUUGUGUGUUAGCUGUAUAUUUACAUAUACUGUACUAUAUACUGUAUAUGUACUAUACUGUAUAUAGUAUAGUGUUUUUAGCUUAGCAACAUGCUAACACCAUACUCUAUUGAAAUCUCCCUUGUGUUUCACGUAAAGUGUGCUAUUUGUAUGAUGCUCUGAGUUACAAUGUAUGUAGAGCGUUCAAACUGGCCACUUAUGUGGUUCCAUUUUAACUAGGAUGCUCCCUCAGAAAGCAGAUGCCUGUGUAGGAAGUAGACAACAAUACAGCUCACUUAGUUUUGGAACAGAACCAAUGUCUGCUUUUCCACAAGUUUUCAGGCCAGAAAGGCCAGAGUUGCCCAUUCCAAACAGCCUAGUGCUCUGCUCAAAGUUGAGCAAACAAUUCUGUCUCUAUAGUUAUACAGAACUUCUGUCUCAGACCUGAGAACUGACUGUGCUGAAGAGACUAAACUUAAAAAAAAAGAAAAAAAAAAGUCUACUGUUGUUUCCUGCAUAUAUUUGAGAUGUCUGGAAUUAUCAGAGGCUCAAUAUAUUUGCAUUUGAUUUAAUCUGUGUUAAAUUCUACUAUGUUUUUCAUUCUGUUUCAUAAAGCUCUAACUCUUAACAGAAUCAUUGGAGAGCAGUUUCGGAAAGCUCAUUAAAAUAAGUUCGCUCAUUGCUCUUUGAUUGCAGACGUUGACAAGAGAUGCCUGCUGAGUGUUCAUUGGAGAAUUAGAAUGCAAGUCGAAUUAUAUUAGCAUAAAGCAUAAUGGUAGCAUGUUGAAUAAAGUGACCAGAUUUCUGAAAUGAAAAACAAGGACAUUGCAAGUUCAGUGUUCAAUAGGUCAUUGAAAUUUCAUGUUACUUAUUAAAAAAGGGGACAAAUCGGAUUUCAUGUAUUUUGACUAUGGUGAAUGUGGUAAUGUGCUGAACUAUGCACUGUAAGAAAUUAUUUUGGUUAAUAAACUUAAAAAAAUUAAGUAGCCUGGUUACUUUUGAAAUAAAAUUUUAAAAUAAAAUCAAAUAAAUAAAUAAUAAAUUGAAUAAAAAGAUCUAGUAAACUAAAUUAGUGGAAUUAACGAUAUAUAUAUUUACAUUAUAUCAGUGCAUUGCCAUUGUGCCAUUAGUUUACUCAAAAACACAGAUUCUUAUGUUAUCUAAACAAAUUAGUAAAUCUAAAUUGAUCUGGCAAAAAUAUAAAGUUAACAAAUCAUGGAAAUUUUUUUUUUACAGUGUGGUAGAUGCUCUAUUGAAUACUGUAGCCUGUCUCAAUAAAAUUUAAACACGGAGGUAAAGCUGAUCAUUUUUAGUGCUCUUCUGUUUCACCUUCAAUGAGUUCAUUCUUUUCUAUGCUGUACAGAUGUCAUUGUGGCAUAAAAGUGAACUAAACAAACAUGUAUAUACAAUGAGUAACUAUUGCAGCUGACUCCACAGAACUGGGGUCCUGCCCUUUGAGCAUCUUAAUCAAAGAUAUUCAAUAUUGUAUAAUAAUAAUAAUAAUAAUAAUAAUAAUAAUAAUAAUAAUAAAUAAUAAUUGUUAUUAUUAUUAUUAUAAUACUAUUUUACCUAACUGUUUGCAUAUCUCAUAUGGACCUGUUUUUCUUAAUUAUUACCUUUUAUUUUGAUCAAGUCUUAUGUAUUAUG